AUGGACUCCUACGGUCAAGACAACUUUGGUGGUGACCGUCGCGGUGGUGGUGACAGCUUCGGAGGCAACAACUCUGGCUUCGGCGGUAGUGACUCCCAGUUCGGCGGAGGUAACUCUGGAUUCGGAGGCAAUGAUUCUAGCUUUGGCGGUGGUGGCCGCGGAGGUGACUCCGGCUUUGGAGGUAACGGUGGUGGUAACAGCUAUGGAGGCGACGACUCUGGGUUUGGUGGUGGAAAUAGUCGCGACAACAACAACUUUGGCGGUAACGACUCUCAAUUUGGUGGGGGUGGCUCUGGGUUCGGAGGCAACGACUCCAGACACGGUGGGAAUGAUUCUGGAUUCGGGGGUAACGACUCUGGAUUCGGGGGUAACGACUCUGGAUUCGGGGGUAACAGCUCUGGCAACUCUGGCUUCGGCGGUAAUGACUCUGGGUUUGGCGGAGGAAGAGGCAACCAAGACAACUUCGGAGGAUCUGGUGGUGGAAAUGACUCCUUCGGUGGCUCCUCCGGUGGCUCCUCUGGUGGGCUUGGGGGCUUGGUGAACAAGGCAGAAGGCUUCCUCGGCAGCCAUGGUGGAAACAACAACCAGGGAGGCUCUAACAAUGGGGGACAGGGUGGUAACUCUGGAGGCAACUUUGUCGACUCUAUGGUUGACCAGAAGGUUGACCAGUAUGUCCCUGGUGGAAUGGAUGGUGCUGUUAACCAGGGAAUUAACCAGGAGGUUAACAAGUUUUUCUAA